AUGUUUGCUCUAACUCCGUUUUCAUUUCAUAUUGACCCAUCAAGUUUGUCUAAUAUUAAUAAUUUUCAAGAAAACUAUGAUCAAUCUUCAAAUCAAUUUAGACUUGAUAAGUCUGAGAAACCAUCAACCACAGACAAUUCAGUACUACUAUUAGUAUCUACAACUAAUAGCUCCGUAUUAUUAUCACCAACAACAAGAAAAAAAAAUUUAUUAUCAUUGUCAACAACAUCAGCUAAAAAAAUUCAUUCUUCUAAAGCAUCUCAUCCACUUAAAGAGGAUGAAUUAGUUUCAACAACAAUUAAUAAACGAUCCUGUCAGAAAAAAUGCUUUACAGAUUAUCCAUGGUUAACAUUUUUUCAAGAAGUCUUGUACACAAUAAGUGAAGAAAAAAGUGGUCCUGGUACAAAAGUAAAUGAUUUAUAUAAACAGAUGAACAAAUUCGACUUUUUUUUUGGAUUAAAACUAGGCCACUUAAUAUUUACAGAUGCAAAAAAGCUAUCACGUGCAUUGCAAAGUUCUGAUUGUUGUUUACAAGAUGUUUUUUGUGCUGCUGAAGCAAUUAUUCAUCGUUUUCGACGUAUUCAAGUAGUUCAAGACAGUGAAGUUUUAACUGAAAAACCUAUUCUACCUCGACUUCGAAGACCACCACGACGAUAUGAAUAA